AUGGUGAUCGAGAAUGGCAAAGACUUGCACUUGAGCUAUGAGAUCGGCGUCGAAGGAUUCAAGGAGUCGAUGCACGAGGACAUGGCCAUCGCUGCUUUCAUCGGAUCCAAGCACCCUUUCCCCGAGGGAACUGAGUAUAAAGGUCUCAACGCGGACCAAUGGGAAUACAUGCGAGGGCUCAUUUGGAGCGACGACCCAACUUGCCUUUUGUUCGUCGACUCGAAGGAAAAGAACAACCAGAUGAGCGCCGCCACGGACUUUCUUGGGGAGUUCUUGACCGGCGAGGAAUCUGGACUCAUGAAGCGGAGUCACUUUGGUGACCUUCAGUUCCUUCACGCCUUGAGUUCGCAGGCCAAUGAAGACCCUAAUGUCACCAAGAAGAACAUGAUUGUCUGGCUGGAGAUCAUGUACAAACUUGCCAUAGGCCAGGAUGUGUCGGCAGCCGACAGGCUUGGCAAAAGGUUUCCCGAUCGAUUUAAUGCCAGCUCGAUUCCCUCGGAUGACGUGAGCAUAAAGCAAUUGUUUCUGGGCACAACUCCGUCCUAUCGACAUGCCGAUAUUCCCAAGCGAGCCCUCGGAAACUGCCUUCACAUGAUCCAGGACUCAUAUGCACUUGGGCACACGCUGAGAAGGCUCAAGAACCCAGAGGAUCUGGACGCAAAUGAUGAAGAAGGGUACCGCCGAUUCAAGCCCGGAAAGUACGCAAAGCUCGGGCCGGUAAUUACAUUCCACACAUAUGCAAACCAGUCGAGUCGACAUUCUCACUACGACGGAUCGAAGCUGAAGCGGGUGCCGAAGGACCUCGACACUUUCAACAACGUCAUCGGUGCCCGUGAUGCGAUCGAUAAGUCCAAGAAGCUCAUCAACUUCUUCGCCCAGAAGACUAGGUGGGAAGAUGGCGUUCGCGGCUUUUUAGACCAAGAGGUCUUCGCGCUCGACUCGAACGUGACUCUCAGCAACUCGCAGGUCGACGAGCGCUUCGGUUUGCCAGACACGAGCGGCUAG